AUGUCAAAUUCCAUUGGCCAACUGCAUAUCUGUAUGUUAGGCAGUGGUAAUGUUGGUAAAAGUGCAUUAACCCUACAGUUUAUGUACGAUGAAUUUGUUGAAGACUAUGAACCAACUAAAUCAGAUUCAUAUGUGAAAAGAAUUAAUUUAUACGGUACUAAUGUAGACGUUUCAAUUCUUGAUACAGCCGGUCAAGAAUCUUUUGCUGGUGUAAUAGACACAAACUAUCGAAGCGGUGAUGGCUUUAUCAUAGUUUUUUCAUUGACUGAUAUGGAGUCUUUCAAAGCUGUUGAUAGUCUUCUAGAAAGAUUUUUAAUUGUCCGACCAUCAGCGUGUCCUCCACGUGUACUUGUUGGGAAUAAAGCAGAUUUAACUGAUGAAAGACAAGUCUCACCAGAAUUAGCUCUAAGGACAGCACGACAAUGGAAUAUACCGUAUAUGGAAACUUCAGCUAAAGAAAAUGUAAAUGUUCAAGAGAGUGUUCAGACAGUUAAUUAGACGACCACCUAAAAUUCGAAUGAUCUUGAAAUUUUGGAAGACCGAACAACCAUUUGGUGGUCAGUUGUAAAAUCCCUAUAUUCAACUUAACUGCACACUUAUAAAGCUAAUUCAUGCACGCAUGUUGUACGUUUACAGAAACCAGUUUCACAUAUGCUUGUGGAAUAUUUGCCAUUUUAUUGUUGAACAUUACUUUUCUUUGUUACUCAUGUAUUUUUACGUGGUUAUACACUUUUCGUUGGUUUUUACCUCUUUUGAAAUUGAAUUUUGAUAACAAUACAUCUUUUCAAAUUUUCACUAUCGCUUCUUAAUAUAACGUUGUUCAUUUGUGACCGUGUACAACGUUAGCACAUCGUGG